AUGGAGUCCAACCUGCAGGGGACAUUCCUCCUGAACAACACACAGCUGGCCCAGUUCUCGGAAAUGAAGGCUCCCAUGUGCCAGUACUCGGUGCAGAACUCCUUCUACAAGCUCAGUCCUCCGGGACUCGGCCCCCAGCUGGCCGCUGGGACGCCCCACGGGAUCACUGACAUCCUGAGCAGGCCGGUAGCCACUCCAAACCCCAGCCUCCUCUCCGGCUACCCCCACGUGGCAGGCUUCGGUGGACUCGGCUCCCAGGGGGUCUACUAUGGCCCCCAAGUGGGGAGUUUUUCCAAGGCUGGGAAUGAGUACCCCACCCGGACCCGGAACUGCUGGGCGGACACAGGCCAGGACUGGCGAGGCGGCGCUCGGCCAUGCAGCAACGCCCCAGACCCCCUGAGUGACACCAUCCACAAGAAAAAGCACACUCGCCCUACCUUCACGGGCCACCAGAUCUUUGCUCUGGAGAAAACCUUUGAACAGACCAAGUACUUGGCUGGCCCGGAAAGGGCGAGGCUAGCAUACUCCCUGGGCAUGACGGAGUCCCAGGUCAAGGUGUGGUUCCAGAACCGCCGUACCAAGUGGAGGAAGAAGAGCGCCUUGGAGCCCUCGUCCUCCACGCCCCGGGCCCCGGGCGGGGCGGGCGGGGACCGCGCGGCCUCGGAGAACGAGGACGAUGAGUACAACAAGCCGCUGGACCCGGACUCGGACGACGAGAAGAUCCGCCUGCUGUUGCGCAAGCACCGGGCCGCCUUCUCGGUGCUCAGCCUGGGCGCGCACAGCGUCUGA